AUGGCAGCCGUAGCUGAGACUCUUCGGAAAUCUGGUCCGGCUGCCUCGCUCGAGGACCAGACGCUUCUCAUCUUCGCUCGGUUGAUGGAAGGCGGCCAAGAAGAUGAAGAGACGUGCAAAGACUUGAAUGAGCUGACCAAGUUGCUCAACGACGACGCUGAUGCGCAGGAGAAGAACAAGGAGCACAACUCCAUCACCGCUCUCAUUGACGGUGACUGUGUAGAUACGAUUCUGUGCUAUCUCGACAUGCGGCAGCCCGACGUUGUCCGGGGCCAUGCCACUCUCGUCACCUCAGCAUACUUGAGGGCCGCGGGUGAGAAUGGCAAGGAGAAGCUGUCUACAUUCUUCUUUGAUCGAGUCAAGAGAGGCACGUACGAUGACUAUAUUGUCGCCUUUUGCGUCGCGGCGGCCAUCUUCCCCAUUGUUUCGGAUCUCUCCGCCGAGCUCUUCCUGAACGAAGGGUUUCUUGUUUCACUAGGUCCGCUAAUGAGGAGAAAGUGGAAGAGCCGAAAAGUCGAAACGGCGUGUUUGGAAAUGCUAAACGCUUCUUGUAUGAACGCGGCGUGCCGAGAGGCCAUACAAAAGUACUGCGUGGAGUGGCUCGAGGAGGUGGUUGACCAGGAUCUAGACGGGGAGGUUCGCAGUAUGAAUGCGGACCCCAAUGUGCACAGCGAAGGUGGCUCCAUCAACAUGAGAAGACAUUCCGAGCAAGUCCAACACUUGGCCGCUGUCAUCUUGGCCAAACUAAGAGUAGUGCCGUCGAACCCAGCAACGAAUGACCCAAACCAAUCUAGAGUCGAGGCGGCGGUCACUAGCAUUGAAGAUUUAUCCGGCAUGUUCACCAAGAUGAUUCUGCGCGACGAAGAUCACGGAAGACAGCAUUCUAUAGAGGGCCUGGCUUAUUCAUCACUGCAGCCAAAGAUUAAGGAAACAAUCAUCAACAAUCCCGAACUACUCAAGAAGCUUGUGACAAUGCUGAAGGAUGCACCCCCUCGUUCACCAUCGACAUAUGGCCUCCUUAGCAUUUUUCUCAACUUGACUCGCUAUCGACCUACUCUCUCUGAAGAGGACAAGAAGAUGUCUCAGCUCAAGGCGUACGCAGAUGCAGCUGGCAAACUAGCUGCCCCAGAUACUCUGGACGACGAUGAUCAUGUUGCCAAUAGGUGCAAGGUGGUCUUUGAAACUGGCCUCACGCCUAUUCUUGUUGCCCACAGCAAGCACGCAUCGCCGGCAUCCAUGGCUAUCACUAUAUCCAUCAUUCACUCGUUCGCCAGGACCAAGGCGUUUCGUGGUUCAUUAGCUCAGCAGGGUGCUAUUAAUCUCUUGUUAGCUGCAUGGACGAGUUUGCCCGAAAGAGAAGAGACAGGUCGCCGGAUGGCCGCCCACGCCCUCGCACAGAUCCUCAUCAGCAUAAACCCUAAUCUCGUCUUUGGAGGAAAUCGAUCGGUCCCGGCCAGUACCGCUAUUCGACCCCUGGCCUCAAUUCUUCCGCCAGAUCCUGCAGCCGAGAGACGAGACUUGCUCCCCACGUUCGAAGGACUCAUGGCUCUGACCAACUUGGCUUCAAUGGAGGAUGAAGAAAUUCCACGCGCCAUCAUAAGCAAUGCCUGGACUCAGAUUGAAGAGCAGAUGCUCUCUUCCAACAACCUCGUCUCCAAAGCCGCUGUCGAAUUAGUCUGCAAUCUAAUGCAAGCUCCUGAGGGUAUAGCCUUGUACGCAGAUGGCAACCCUCAAGCCAAGAAUCGAAUUCACAUAAUGCUGGCCCUGGCUGACGCCGAAGAUGAAGGUACCCGCAGCGCAGCGGGCGGAGCCUUGGCUUCUCUGACAGGCUACGAGAGCGUUGCGAAGCUGGUACUGCAGCGGGAAAAGGGCAUCAAGGUGAUCCUGGGCAUGUGUACGGACGCGGACGAGGGUCUGAGGCAUCGAGGUGUGGUUACACUUUACAAUAUGGUUGCGGGAGAUGCCGAGGUCUGCAAACAAGCGCGAGAAAAGGUCACCAAGGAGGGCGGCGUGGAGGCUCUGAAGGACUCUCUGAAGCUUACUAGGAGGCCAGAGGUUCUGGAGAUUACUGUGCAAACGCUAAAGGCACUUUUGGGACAGGAGUAG